UCUCUGAAAGGCCAAGAAAGAGAAGUUUUAGUUGUUUUUCACGUAUAGAGACGAUCUCCUUGAAAUUGACAUGAUUCUCUGCCACUCUCGUCUUCUUCUGCUUCCAUUUUUCUGAAGUCUCUUUGAAAUUUCCUUUUCUCGCCUCGUUUUCUUCGGAGCCUUCUCUCCAACGUGUCUCUCGCCACUUAAAAAGGCAUGUGUCAUGUGCCAUGCAUGUGGUGGAGGUGAUCACAGAACUCAAUGAAGUGCAUCUUGUGGUAGCUGUCCUCUUGCAAUAAUGGUUGCUACUACAUUUCACCAUGCCAUUGGGACUAUUCAUGCCCAACGAUGUUGCAAUGGCUCUGAUUCUCAAAGACUGAUUUCGAAGGGUGGGACCGUUGGUAUAAGGUUGUCAGAAAGGAGAAUUGGGUGCUCUAGUGGGUUGAAAUCAGGCGCAAUUCAUGCAUCAACUUCACAUACUUCAGUAGUUGAUCCGGUUUUGUUACCCUCGAACAACAACAACAAUGAUUCCCGAAAGAAAUCAAAUGAAACUGCGUUAAUUUUGAUUCGCCAUGGUGAAUCAUUAUGGAAUGAGAAAAAUCUAUUUACGGGUUGUGUGGAUGUACCCUUGACUAAGAAGGGUGUGGAAGAGGCGAUUGAAGCUGGUAAAAGAAUAAGCAGCAUACCUAUCGACAUGAUCUAUACGUCAUCGUUAAUCCGUGCACAGAUGACUGCAAUGCUUGCUAUGACCCAGCACCGUCGCAAGAAGGUGCCUAUUAUUAUGCAUAAUGAGAGUGAACAAGCCAAAGCAUGGGGUCAGAUUUUCAGUGAAGAAACCAAAAAACAAUCAAUUCCAGUUAUAACGGCUUGGCAAUUGAACGAAAGAAUGUAUGGAGAGUUACAGGGUCUCAACAAGCAGGAAACAGCAGAUAGAUAUGGGAAGGAGCAAGUCCAUGAAUGGCGUCGCAGUUAUGAUAUACCUCCCCCGAAUGGUGAGAGUUUGGAAAUGUGUGCUCAAAGAGCUGUUGCUUAUUUCAAGGAGCAUAUUGAGCCUCAACUACUGACAGGGAGGAAUGUGAUGAUUGCUGCCCAUGGGAAUUCACUAAGGUCUAUUAUUAUGUAUCUCGACAAGUUGACUUCUCAAGAGGUUAUAAGCCUGGAACUGUCAACUGGCAUUCCUAUGCUUUACAUAUUCAAAGAAGGAAAAUUCAUCCGGAGAGGGAGUCCAGUUGGACCAUCUGAGGCUGGUGUCUAUGCUUAUACCAGAUUGUGGGUAAAAGCUGAUUGCCAUAUAUUUUCAAAUGCAGAGUUUGGCUCUGUACAGGCAGAAGUUGGAUGAAAUGUUACCCUGAUAUGUUAAUGUUAUGGAGAGGGCUUUGAUUCAUCAGAAUUCAUACCUAUAUCAAAAUGAGUAACUCUGAUAGUAGCAUAGCCUUUUCUUUUGUUUUAAUAUGCUUGAGAAAGCUAGUCUUUUCUUUACACCUAUUCAUUCAUACAUCAGUUAAUUGAUAAAAUCCAGCCAUUCCUCGUCUUGUUUGUAUUAGUUGGGCCCCAUCAGCCUAUGAUGAAUUUCAAACUUGUAAUGUAUGGUUAAUGUAACGGGACCUGUAAUUAGGGUACAUGAAUCUUGCAUUAUGGAGUUAA